UAGGUGCUUGAGUCGGCAAAUAUCUUUUACAACGAGGGCUUGGCCUUGUAACUCGAAAGCCUUGCACAUUUGAAUCGCCUUACCCAGAUUGAAUUGAGGAGAGCCGCCUUACCGAGCCGCCGCCAUCUGCAACGUCCCAUUUGUAAUCGCUUCUCAGAUUUCAGGUUUGGAGGGAGUUUGUUUAACAUAUAAUUAGAAUGGCGACUUUGAAGGAUUUUCUUCCUCCGGCGAAAACAACCACUACUACUCAUUAUGAUCACUCUAACGAUCCAUGGUUCAAGCAGCGAUUCAGCUCAUCCGAAGCUGAAAGGUCCGUUGCUGUAAUGAAGCCUAAUCCAGUUCCUCCUUACUUAAAUCGUGCUGGCUUUGUUCCUCGUAAAGUAGAGGAUUUUGGUGAUGGGGGUGCGUUUCCGGAGAUUCACAUAGCUCAGUACCCUCUUGGCAUGGGUAGGGAUAAAUCAUGGAAGCCUGGCGGGUCGAAGAUUCUGCCAGUUACGGUUGACGCCCAUGGAAACAUUGCUUAUGAUGCCAUUGUGAAGCAGAACGAGAAUUCAAAGAAGAUUGUUUACUCACAACAUAAAGAUCUUAUACCGAAGAUCUUGAAAAAUGAAGUCGACACAGCUGAGGAUGAAGAUGAGGAAAUUGAAAAAGUAAUUGAAGAAACGACACAAGAAACAAAGGCUGCCCUUGAAAAGAUUGUGAACGUGAGAUUAAGUGCAGCACAGCCAAAAAAUGUUCCUAAACAGUCAUCAGACUCUAAAUUUAUCAAGUAUAAGCCAUCCCAGCAAUCUGCAGCAUUUAAUUCAGGUGCGAAGGAGAGGGUCAUUAGGAUGGUAGAAAUGCCAGUAGACCCACUUGAGCCUCCCAAGUUCAAGCAUAAGCGAGUUCCCAAGGCUUCUGGAUCCCCACCUGUUCCAGUUAUGCAUUCUCCGCCUAGGCCUGUGACUGUUAAAGAUCAGCAGGAUUGGAAGAUACCCCCUUGUAUUUCAAACUGGAAGAAUCCAAAGGGGUAUACUAUUCCACUUGACAAACGUCUUGCGGCCGACGGUAGAGGGCUUCAAGAUGUUCAGAUUAAUGAUAAUUUUGCAAAGCUUUCUGAGGCUUUGUAUGUUGCCGAACACAAGGCAAGAGAAGCAGUUGCUAUGAGAUCAAAAGUUCAGAAAGAGAUGCUCAUGAAGGAAAAGGAAAGGAAGGAGCAGGAAUUGCGGUUGUUAGCUCAAAAAGCACGUUCUGAGAGAACUGGUACAGCAGCCCCAGCAGCUAUUCCAAUGCCUUCUGAGAAAAGCUCAAUGGAUGCAGCUGACACACGAGGGGAUUAUGACCGUCCAAGAGAAAGGGAAAGGGAAAGAGAAAGAGAAAGAGAGAUGGAUUAUCCAAAAGAGACGAGAGAGGAGAGGGAAGAGCGGAUACAGCGGGAGAAAAUCCGUGAAGAGCGACGCCGAGAAAGAGAAAGAGAGAGAAGAUUGGAAGCCAAAGAUGCAGCUAUGGGGAAGAAAAGUAAAAUUACUAGAGACAGAGACCGUGAUAUCAGUGAGAAGGUCGCUCUUGGCAUGGCUUCUACAGGAACUGGAAGGGGAGAGGUUAUGUAUGACCAGAGGCUAUUCAAUCAAGAUAAAGGAAUGGAGUCUGGUUUUGCCACCGAUGACCAAUACAAUGUGUAUGACAAGGGCUUGUUUACAGCCCAGCCUACACUUUCCACCCUGUACAGACCUAAGAAAGAUGUUGAUGCUGAGAUGUAUGGAGGUGCUGAUGAGCAAUUGGACAAGAUCAUGAAGACUGAACGAUUCAAACCUGACAAGGCAUUUGUUGGUACUUCUGAGAGGGCAGGUCCAAGAGAUAGGCCAGUUGAGUUUGAGAAGGAUGCUGAAGAGGCUGAUCCAUUUGGACUUGACCAGUUCUUGACAGAGGUGAAGAAAGGUAAGAAAGCUAUGGACAAGGUUGGUUCUGGAGGGACAAUGAAAGCAACUGCAGGCUCUGCAAUGCGAGAUGGCUACGAGGGAGGAGGUUCAGGUAGAAGUCGCAUUGGGUUUGAGAGGGGUCGUUAAGGAUAAGGAGCCACCUCAUACUGCUUCAGACAAAUUAUGUGCGGAAUCGAAUAUAUUACAGUUUUACUUGAUGGAAAAGUUGCCCAACACUGAGUUCAACUGCUCCUCCCUAUAUUUACUUGCUAAUUAGGCCUCUGAAAGCCUCUGGCGGGCCAUGCUUUGUAUGUGGAAAGAAAAAGUUGAAAUCCUUAUUAUUUGGAGUGGAGGAUAUGUGUUUUAACUUUCAUUUGUUGAGUGAGAUGCUUUUAUUUCAUGCAGAAGUUGCCAGGUCAAGUUCGUCUAGUUAAGUUGUAGCUGAUCCAAAUUCCUAUCUCCUUGCAUAACUUCGUUAGUACACCUAGAACACAUAAUUGGUGUAAACAAGUUUGAGGUUGGUAUUUUUGGGUUUACAUUUGACUUUAAUGACUUUUAUCUGCGAACAUUGCUAUUUCAUCAUUGUACACCCCUUGACUGACUUCUAGAAACUUUUGGCCGAAAAUUAAUAUCCAACAGACAAGCUGACAAUUUCAAGAA